GUAGCGUUGGAUGGAGGGGCGUUGAGUGGAAGUUGUACCAUAACGUUGCGUCACGCUGAAGAGGAGUGAGAAUGAGGUGGAAACCCAAUGGCCAAGGAAGGAUUGGAGCAAUUGUGGUUAGCCCAUUUAGCUGUUUACGACGUGUUGGUGAAACCAGCGUGCUACGUUUGUCCAUAAUGGUUGACGUUGAUCGACGCGAAAGCGUAUAAGUUCUAUGUGCAGAAUUCAAUAUUUACCGUGAAAAGGUAAAUCAAGUAAGCGCUCAAGAAAUGGAUUCCAGAUGAAAAACAUCUACCAAUGCAUAGAAGUAGUAAAUGAAAUUUUGUAAGCUAUCGUAGGGUCCUUGUGCGUGCUUCGGACCUUCACUGAUCUUGUGUAACGGAGUAUCACGAAAGCUCCAGUUUGCGUGUGAUUUUAUGAGUCCAAAAUCUGUGGGAUUGAGUCUUGUUCGUUUGAUUUUAGAAGGUGGAAUUCCAAAUUUACAGUCUUGGUGGAUCGUAACGAUUUUCAAAAUGUCGGGCGGUCCGUACCAUUAUUCAUAUAUUUUCAAAUAUAUCAUAAUCGGUGACAUGGGCGUCGGUAAAUCGUGCUUGCUUCAUCAGUUCACCGAAAAAAAGUUUAUGGCGGAUUCCCCUCACACCAUCGGCGUGGAAUUUGGCACGAGAAUCAUCGAGGUAGCCGGGCAAAAAAUCAAGCUGCAAAUCUGGGACACCGCUGGGCAGGAGAGGUUUCGCGCCGUUACAAGAUCUUAUUAUCGUGGAGCAGCUGGAGCGUUGAUGGUUUAUGACAUCACACGCCGUUCAACGUACAAUCACCUCAGUAGCUGGUUGACCGACGCUAGAAAUCUCACUAAUCCGAAUACGGUUAUAUUUUUGAUUGGUAAUAAGAGCGAUCUGGAAGCCCAAAGGGAUGUUACUUUCGAGGAAGCGAAGCAAUUUGCGGAAGAGAAUGGACUUAUGUUCAUCGAAGCUAGCGCGAAAACCGGUGAAAACGUGGAAGAGGCCUUUUUCGAAACUGCGCGAAAAAUCUUCCAGAACAUUCAAGAUGGAAGAUCAGUGGAGAUGGAAGGGAAAAUGCGUUGUGUGAAUCCGAAUUGUACUCGUGAGAUUAAAAAGUUUCACCGAGCACGUCAAGCGUGUCGCGAGUUCUUCUUGAACGCGUGUGGUUCGGCAUACGUUUGCGUUAACUGUGUGAAGUUUUACGAAGACACACGCGAUGCCCUUCUCAAAGCGAUGGUCAAUAGACAAGAUUUCGAUUUUCGUUCGCUGCCGAUAUUCUCGAGCAAGUGGGCCAAAAAUUCUGCGUCGGAGAUCGUGGUUGAGGACGAUGAUGACGACGACGAAGCCGCUUGUUCCAUAAUCGAGGACAACGAUGAAGAGGAAACGAAUGAUUCACGCGGCUCUCAACAGUGGUCGCUUUCUUGUGCCCGAGAAGUAAUCGCGAAUGUUUUGGAGCAAACCGUGCAACCAAUGCUUGAACGAUUUCUCGAGGGCGAGUUGGAAAGGCAAGCCAUUCUUCAGCAGGAGGUGACACUUUUUGAAACGGCUUGCGCACAGUUAGACGAGAAACUAGAGGAGUUGCGUUCGACUAUGUGUGAACUGGACGCCGAGUUCCCUCGUCAGAUUGCAAUACGAUUGGGCGAGGUUGAUGCAGACGACUCCAGCGUGCCUCUUACUCGGAUGUACCCGGAAGGUCUCGAGUCGUGGGAAUCCGAAGAAAACGAAGCGCUCGCGAAGAAGUACGGUGUUUCUAACCUUCUGCAUCGUUCGCCUCGUGUGAGCUCAGGGAAGAAAUCAAUGCUGCGACCAGGCGGGACGAAGGCGGAAAUGGAUUCCGACGAGACCAAUGGUAGCGAAACAACUACGACUGAUGGGGAUGCUGUGACCGUUUUGCACGAAGGUGCAGCGUUGGCCGCGGCUAAAGAGGAUUUACCGCCGAUUGGGCAAUUGAGCUAUCCCGACAUCAUUGUUGGGACUGAGGUUCUCGUGAGUAAAGAGAGCUCGGAUUGUCCGGAAGCUUCUUGGUAUAUUGGGAGGGUGCUUAAUGCUGGUGCUGUGGAGGAUAAAAACGAUGCCUCAAAAACCACGAAUACGGAGAAAAAGAUCGUUGUUCGGACUGUGGAUGUCGGUGUAUUGGUGAUCUCAAGUCGGACUCUUUUGGCUUACCUUGAUCCUGCAAAUGUCCGCGUUCCAUUUGGUACUCGUGUUGUUGUCUCAGAUCCUGAUACCGGUCAUUACACCUCUGGAACUGUCACUGAGCCUCCGCUCUUGAUAAAUAGAUUUAGGUACUUGGUCUUUUUGGACAAUGAGAAAUUUUGCUACCGUGCUCACCGAGAUAUCUGCGUUAUUACCGAUCCGUGUAGACGGGGGGCUUGGGAGUUUUGCCCCAAGCGGAUCUCAUCGUUGGUGAAACGAUUUCUCCAGGAAUGGCCUGAAAGAGCUCUCGUACGUCUGAACAAGGGCGAUCGGCACCUGGUUUUCCACCAAGGCGGCUUCCGAGAAGCUCUUGUUGUUGAAGUCGACUGCAGCUUGGCGAAAUUCCGGUUUGAACAACGAUCGGAUGCAGAAGAGUGGAUCUACCGAGGCUCGCCAAGGCUGAAGAUGAUUUACGACAGUCUCAUGCACGUGUCGAAGCGUGGUCGGGGAUCCUUGCCUGCCCGUUUCACCAUGCAAAAUCCGCGAGGGUUUUCGGGCAUUGUGCAAUAUACCAAUGCUGUCACUGACGAUAAAAGUUCGGUUCCUUCCGCUGUAAACAGUAUUAGCAAAACUCAGAUGGCGAGGAAGAGCACCAUGGGAGGACGAACGCAACUGGUUGCGUCCCAGGGAACGCAAAAUGCUACCGGCAAACCAACCACGAGCUUAGAAGCAAGUGGCUAUAUCAAGGUGUGUUACACGGCGCCAUGUGGAAGAAAACUCCCAAAUAUUCAGGCAGUGCAUCGAUAUCUGAAGCUCACGGGCAUUCCAUUGCACAUUGAUGAGUUCUUGUUUCUGCCCCGUGCCACCGUCACCAGUGUUUUCGUGUGCUCGCCGACAGAAUACUUGGUGUCUGACAUUACGGAAGCACAGGAGAAUGUUCCGAUUUCGUGCACAAAUGUUUUUGACGGCGACGAGAAGCCCACCGUGUUGUUGCAGCGUGAUUAUCGAUCAGGACGCAUAUUUAAUCCUAGUCGCGUUCCUGUGAAUACGGAUACGUCGUUCCUCGUGAGCUGUGACUGCGAAGAUGAUUGUUCAGAUGCCAAGUUUUGCGCGUGUCAAAUGCUUACUGUGCAACAAGCGACUGAACCUGGCCAAAAACCGACGAAAAUGAAUGUGCUUUACAAAUAUCGUCGCCUCGAGGAACGCGUUGAUACCGGAAUAUACGAGUGCAAUCCAGGGUGCAAGUGCAAGAGGGACAAAUGUUUCAAUCGCGUGGCCCAAAACAAGAUAUCAGUUUGUCUGCAAAUGUUCAAGACGGAAUGUAAAAGCUGGGGAGUGCGGAGUCUCACGAGUCUCCCUUCUGGUUGCUUUGUUGCAACAUAUUCUGGAGAGAUUUUGACUCCGGAAGAUGGCAUUGUCGAUGGUAGCAAGUUCGGAGAUGCUUACCUCGCUGAACUGGAUUUUAUCCAAUUGAACGAGCGGGACAAAGAAGGCUACGAAUCUGAAGCUGUGACCUCGGGUGAGGAGGAAGGUGGCAUUAGUUCUGAAGGCGAUGAAGUCGAAUCGAAGGAAGCCAAAUUGAAGGGAACAAAGAAGAGGGUUGCAAAGAAACGGGGAAAGAGAAAUAAUUCCAAACAAGCAGUUACAGGAAGUGACGAGGACACGGACUACCUAUCAUCAGUGCAAGCUUCUGAAGCCAGUCGUGAAAGGAGUGAACGAAGUACUGCGAUCGAACGUCGGCAACGGAGGAAAAAAGAUGAUGAGGAGAAGAAGCUGAGGAAGGAAGCAGAAGAACUUGUUUUCAAAGGGGGAAAUACGAAAGAUUCCGAACAGCCCUUACCGAAACCGCUUGAAAAUGGUUACGUCCCUUUGUUGAGGAUUUACCGCGAAAAUAAUCCCUACAUCAUGAAUGCCAAAAUGGGCGGAAACAUCGGGAAGUUUUUCAACCACUCAUGCGAUCCGAAUAUGUUUGUACAAAACGUGUUCGUGGACACCCAUGAUCCACGGUUCACGUGGAUAGCCAUGUUCACAUCCCGCGAGAUUCAACCUGGGGAAGAACUUUCGUGGGACUACGGUUAUCAAGUGGGCUCCAUUCCUGGUCGCAAGGUUGUUGUUCAGCGAUGUAGCUUGUUUGAUGCGUUAGACGCACGCAUCAUGCUCUUCAAGUUUUGUUGGGAAGAAGUCGUGUUCCUCGAUCAAGCAGAGCAAUUGUUCGGAGGGUUCUUUUCUCAAUCCGUGAAAAAACGCUUGCUCAGUAUGGAUUCGGAAGGCGAAACCAUAGCGACGAUUCCGUUCAAGAAGCGAACUACUGCAAUCGUGCAUGAUAGAAACUUUGAAGAAAUUUGCGACGAAUAUCCGGCUGUGAAAGGAAGGGCUUCGUUGGUGUAUGGAUUGUUGGACGCCUACGGAAUGUUGAACAAGUUCGAUUUGCGACUUUCUUGCACCCCGGCCACUCGUGAGGAACUGCGAAGAUUCCAUUCUGAAGAAUUGAUUGAUGCCCUGCUUUCGUCCGCCUCUCUCUGUGAUAACGAGGAUCAAGCGAUAAAGGAUUCCAUCGAUCUCGAAGAUCUCGGUUUGGGCUAUGACUGCGCCGUAUAUUCCGGAUUGGGAACGCUUGUAGUAGCCGGUGGAACCCUCACUGCGGCUCGCGCUCUCUGCUCAGGAAAAGCAGAUGUGGCAGUGAAUUGGUCAGGUGGAUGGCACCACGCUCACCGUGGCGCUGCUGCCGGAUUCUGCUACGUGAACGACAUAGUCCUCGGCAUGCUGGAACUGCGAACGCGAUUCCCUCGCCUGUUGUACAUCGACCUCGACGUUCACCACGGUGACGGCGUCGAAGAGGCGUUCUCAACCACCAAUGCAGUCCUCACGCUGUCCCUGCAUCUCUACGAACCUGGUUUCUUUCCUGGAACCGGAGGUGCAAGCCUGAAGACUAGUAGCGAUUGUGGCUUUCGGCGGAAAGCCUGCGUCAAUGUGCCACUAAAGCAAGGCAUUCGAGACGCCUGUUUCGCGUCGAUGUUUGAGCGUGUUAUUGGGCGAGUGCGAGAAGUGUUUCAACCAGUGGAUGCAGUGGUGUGUCAGUGUGGAUGUGACGGAUUGGCUGGUGACCCUCUUGGCGGCGGAUAUAAUCUCACUCCGAAUGGACUCGCUGCUUGUCUUCGGACAGUGCUUUCGUGGCAUUUGCCGACGUUGAUUUUGGGUGGCGGUGGAUAUCAUAAUGCGAAUGCGGCGCGUUGCUGGACGCGGCUCACAGCGACUAUUCUAUCAACUUGCACGGGUUGUGAAGAACAGCUAGAUCCGGAUAUCCCUGAGCAUGAUGGGUUUGAAGAGUUCGGACCGAGUUUUGAAUUGGACGUGGAACCUGGUUUAAGGCCAGAUUGCAACACGGACGAAUAUUUGGAGGAAGUAUUUCUUCAGGUUCAAGGAUUCGUCGUUGAGGAAGUCGUCCCUGGUAGAAUUCGUCCUAGAGACUGGGUAGAAAUGGGCCGCGGCGGGAGGCGGGGCUACUCGCGGGGGUGGCGGGAUGGGAUACCCUACAUCCAUAUGCUGGGCAGUCUUCCUGCAGACCAGGAGGAGUGCGCAUAUGCCGUGUACGAAUUUGAAAUCAGACAAUGA